AUGGAAAACAAUGCGCAUUUGGUGGAGGAGGAGGCUCCAGUGGAUACGGUGGAGAAGGAGGAGGCUCCGGUGGAUAUGGUGGAGGUGAUGAUGGAGGCUACGGUGGUGGUAGUUCUUACGGAGGCGUUGGCGGUGGUCUUGGUGGCGGAGGUUUUGGAGGUUAGAAGGGAUGCCAUGGAAAACACUGCGCUUUUGGUGGAGAAGGAGGCUUUAGUGGAUACGGUGGAGGAGGAGGAGGCUCCGGUGGAUACGGUGGAGGCGGCGGCUACGGUGGAUAUGGUAAAGGUGAUGAUGGAGGCUACGGUGGUGGUAGUUCUUACGGAGGCAUUGGCGUUGGUCUUGGUGGCGGAGGUUUUGGAGGGAAGAAGGGAUGCUAUGGAAAACUAUGCGCUUUUGGUGGAGGAGGAGGCUCCAGUGGAUACGAUGGAGGAGGAGGAGGCUCCGGUUGAUACGGUGGAGGCGGCGGCUACGGUGGAUAUGGUAAAGGUGAUGAUGGAGGCUACGGUGGUGGUAGUUCUUACGGAGGCAUUGGCGGUGGUCUUGGUGGCGGAGGUUUUGGAGGGAAGAAGGGAUGCCAUGGAAAACACUGCGCUUUUGGCGGAGGCAGUGGUGGUUUCGUAG